AGGUUGGGGGAAGGGGCCAAACCCAGUGUGCGCCUCAUCUGCCAGCCAGGAAGUCAGGGAUACCCCCCCACCCCGGGCCUGUCUAGCUGCUAAUGUGACCCUCCCCAGCGCCCCCAGCCAGCCAAGGUGCCCCGCCUCGGAGCAUCAGAGAGGGGGACCAGCCCACACAUUGUCAGAACUGACAAUGGGGCUCCUGUGUGCCGUGGGUGGUUGCAGAGGGCAUGGACUCAGGCAAAUGAGCCGUCAGUCCAUCAGGCGCACACAGAUAUAGAGGCGUGCGGGUGGUCUGGGCUCUGCUUCCACCUCAGUGCUCGCCAGAAUGGAGGCCCACCUCAGGCAGCUCAGCCUGGGCAGGGGGCCCGAGGGGGCUGGGGACAGACAGGCCCUGGCUGAGCUGCAGGAGCUGGCCCUGAGCUGGUUCAUGGAGACGCAAGCCCCCCUCAUUCUGCAGAACGGAGCCCUGCCCCCCUGGUUCCACGGAUUCAUCACCCGCAAGAAGACAGAGCAGCUGCUCAGGGACAAAGCUCUUGGCUCCUUCCUCAUCCGCCUCAGUGACCGGGCCACCGGCUACAUCUUGUCCUACAGGGGCAGUGACCGCUGCCGACACUUUGUCAUCAACCAGCUCCGAAACCGGCGCUACCUCAUCUCAGGGGACACCCAGAGCCACGGCACCCUGGCAGAACUCGUGCGCCAUUACCAGGAGGUGCAGUUUGAGCCCUUCGGGGAGUCCCUGUCUGCUGCCUGCCCCCGGAUGGAGGACAAUGAUCUCUAUGACGCCAUCACCCUGGGCCUGCAUCAAACUAAUCCUAGCCUGGAAUACUCACCAGAGAAGGCCAGCAGCCCCCCUGCCUCUCUGGAGGCAAGUCCCCGGAAUCUCUCUGAGGAAGAAAGCAAGGAGGCCCCUGUCAAGGUGCCCCCUCUCCCGGAGAGGACAGCGUCCCUUCUGAGCAACUCUUUUGGAGGCUCCACUGACACCAUCUACGCAGACCUGAGGAAGAUGAACCAGGCACGGCUAGGCCUGGGCACAGAUGUACCUGGCUGGCAGGGGCUGGUUCCAAGUGGCAGCCAGGCCUGCUCUCCAGGCAAGGAGGCCCCAAGGAGACUGUCAGACGGAAGCCAGAAUAAGCCCAAUGGCCCAGGACCUGCACUCUCUGGGGUGAGCCCAGACCAGGGUCCUAGGAUGUCUCCCACUUCUUGGGGCCUCCUCCUGCCCUCCAGUUCUGAGGCCUCGGGAUCCUCAGGGGCUACCUGGAGCCACGGGUCUCCAAAUCUGAGCCGUGGGGCCCAGCCCUGCUCCGAGAGCAGUUGUGCAGACACUUACGAGUCCAUCUGGACAGAAGACCUCCCAGAGGAUGCCAGGGAUGUGCCAUGUAAAGAAGGCGGCAGUGCCUAUGAGCAGAUUGCAGUCUGCUGGGGGGGCCCGGCCAGGACCCCCUAUCCUGGGAUGAGCCCUACAUACAGCAAGCUUUCAGGGUUCACGGACUGUGGUUAUGAAAGGAUCUCGGGGGUCCCGGAGCUCCCAGAACCCAGACACACCUAUGAACAAAUCCCAGGAGCAAGCAGCCAGGAGCAAGGAGGCUGGACGGACACACAGAUCCAAGCAGCCAGGAGCAAGGAGGCCGGACGGACACACAAGCCUGACAAGCUCCGGAGGCUCUUCUUCACAGACAAGAAGCACAAACCCUGAGGAGGCCUGGCUUUCGGCGGCCCACCAGCAGGUUUCCCGGGCCCGGGGCCAUGCCAGGGGUUAUUGGGAAGCUCUCAGCUUGCUUGAAAGCACCCCUUGGAUCCUCAAACCCAACCAGCCUGCUCUGGAACAAGGCUCUGAGGCAGCCUCGGUGCCCACCAGCGACAGGGUGGGAGGGGACCUUCCAGUCACCAGCCGCUCAGGACUGAGUCCCACUCCCCACCCCAGGGUCUCCCACCCAUCAAGA